AUGGUAGCUGUCGGAGGCCCAGUUAUCUUUGCUAUGAAUCUACUUGCCAUAGCAACAUUCCUCAUUAACCGCCAUCUACGCAAGAAGAGCAUUUACCUGGUGAUCAAUCUCGCCAUCUCUGACGCACUCAACGGAGCUGUUUUUUCACCAAUGAUGUGCAACUACCUCAUUAAUAUUGAUAUCAGUCACGUGACGUUAGAUGGGGAUUUCCAGUUUUUCCCCAGAUCGUCUGAUAACCCCCUGAGUGCUCCCAUCCGUACGUUCGUGGUCCUCACCGGUGUUCACCUGUUUACCCUCACACUCAUCUCCCUGGAGCGCAUGUUCGCAACAGUCUGGCCAUUACGUCAUCGAAACAGUGAUCCCCGGAUGUACGUAGCAUGCUGCAUAGUCACGUGGUUCGUUGUUGUGAUCUUUCUGCUGGCAGCGAUAGCCGAAUUUAAUGUGAUUGCACAAUCCGGCGCCUUGUUAGCCAUACUGGCGUUAUUUAUAAUUGCUGUCUCGUAUCUCGUCAUCUUCAUCAAAGUCAAGCUCCAACACCAGCAGCACAACAACACCUCACAACUCGCUGUACAGAAGGAGCGGAAACUCGCGAUGACGUUGCUUUUGGUCAUACUGACGUCACUGUUGUCAUGGUUUCCUAGCCUGGUUCUGUGGCAACUUCCGAGAGAUAUUCAAAGGAAACUGAGCGUGGUGGAGCACUUGGCUAUCAACCUGUUUUGUGGGCUCAACCCGUUAUGGGAUCCACUUAUUUACAUGUACAGAAUGCCUGAGUACAACAAAGCUCUCAAGAAACUCGUGUGCAAAUGCUCACGGGAUAGGCCAAACUACGUAUAUCCCAUUACAAAUUGA